AUGAAGCCCUUUGAGAAAAGCUGGUUGUUCCUACUGCUGCCUGUUAUACUAAGAGUUGUAUGCUCCUCCUUUAUUAGUGUCAACCUUGGGGUGAAAGUGAUGAAGGGACAAUCUGUCUUCCUGUCAGAAGAUGACCUCAAAUUUUCCAUCCCCAGAGAGAAGGAUAUCUGCAAAGUAGAAGUUGUGACUAAUGAGCCAAUAACACAGCGGGUUGGGAAACUAACUCCGCAGGUUUUUGACUGUCACUUCCUUCCUAAUGAAGUCAAAUACACCCACAACGGCUGUCCGAUUUUAGAUGAAGACACAGUCAUGCUUAGGCUGUACAGGUUUACAGAAACUGAAACAUUUGUAGAAACAUUCACCCUCCACGUGCAGUUACUUGAGCCAGACUGUAACAUCAUCAAAAUGCGCUCCCGUGCCCUGGAAGUCCCUGAGUACUAUGGGCUGUCCAGGGUGAUUGACAAGAACGUCCUCACUUUUGACUAUGACAGGAAGAUAAAUCUGGAUUGCACCAUUUCCAUAGUCUCUUCAGAAACCCACCUGCCUGCUUAUGGCCAGCUCAUCACGGGGGAAGUGCAGCAAGAACAGCUUCGUGGGGAUCAGCCACAGAGCUUCUUCCCUGGCCCUAAGCACAGCCUGGGCCAGCAGUGCAGAAAUGGGAGCUGCAUGCUGGGGCUGGGGGUCAUUCACAACACAAAAAUGAGCUGUGAAGAAUUUCUGAGGAUGGGGAUUCGAUAUCAGCACCUUGACCCUCCCUCACCUGACACCGAUUAUAUUCCUGUGAGGUUGGAUCUCACAGACAGCAGAAGCAAAACUCUGCACAAGACUGAGUAUGCAUGGCUCCCUGUUCAGAUUAAAGGUGCUGUUCCCAAUCAAAUACCCAAAGCUGCCCCAGUGGCAAAGUUCAUUGUGGAAGUAGAUCAGUUUAUUUUAACCCCCGUAACAACCACAGCCAUUGAUGCUGGAGACGACGAAACUCCAAAGUCCCUGCUUGUAUUCAACAUUACCAAGCCACCUCCACAGGGCUUCAUCACUCAUCUAUCUGACCAUACAAAAGCUGUUGGCUCCUUCACCUGGAAAGAUCUUAGUGACAUGCUCAUUGCUUAUCAGCCUCCAAAUAACAGCCACACAGAAAGGAGGAAUUAUGAGGUAGAAUUUGAGGUUCAUGACUUCUACUUUGAAAGGAGUUUACCAAUCACUGUGCAUCUUUCUAUCAGAACAACAGAUACAAACGCUCCUCGGGUUUCAUGGAAUACAGGCCUCAACCUCCUGGAAGGGCAAUCCCGACCAAUAACAUGGCAACACUUCCAAAUUGUAGACAAUGAUGACAUCCAAAAUGUUCGCUUGGUCACAGUUGAUGGCUUACAGCAUGGGCGGCUCACAGUGAGAGGAGGGAAAGGAUUCCUGUUCACAGUCUCUGACAUUCAGGCUGGAUUUGUUCACUACCACCAUGAUGACAGUGAUUCUACUAAGGACUUUGUGGUAUUUAGGAUUUUUGAUGGCCCCCACAGUAUUCGCCAUAAGUUUCCAAUCAAUAUCCUUCCUAAAGAUGACAGCCCUCCAUUUCUUAUCAGCAAUGUGGUCAUUGAAGCUCAUGAGGGAGAGACGAUCCUGAUUCAGAGCUCCAUGCUUCAUGCUUCUGACAUGGAUUCCAGUGAUGAUUACAUACUCUUCAAUAUUACCAAGCCACCACAUGCUGGAGAAAUCAUGAAGAAACCAGGACCAAACUUGAUAGGGUAUUCCGUCAGCAGUUUUCUUCAAAGGGAUCUAUUUAAUGGAAUAAUUUAUUAUCAUCAUUUGGGAGGAGAAGUAUUUGAAGAUUCCCUUGAGUUUGUGCUGUGUGAUAGCCAUGACCCUCCCAAUCUCUCAGAGCCACAGGUGAUGAUGGUGCACAUUAUCCCUGUGGAUGAUCAACUACCCAGAGAAGCCCCAGGAGUGACCCGUCACCUGGUUGUUAAGGAGACUGAGAUUGCUCACCUAACUAAGAAACACCUCCACUUCAUAGAUGUGGAAGAGCAGGACAGGGAACUCACAUACACCAUAACUACUUCCCCAUUUUUCUCUUGCACGCACAGCCACGCAGAUGCUGGGAAGCUGUUUAUGGUGGACACCAUCCCCAAGCUGGUCAAGGAUCCUGCUGCUCUUGCACUGCAGUCAUUUACUCAGCAUGCUGUGAACUAUAUGAAAGUUGCCUACAUGCCGCCGCUGCAGGACAUCGGGCCUGAACCUCAGCAAGUCCAGUUUGUUUUUUCUGUCAGCAACCAGCAUGGUGGCACUUUGUAUGGGAUCUGCUUCAAUAUUACAAUUAUUCCUGUGGACAAUCAAGCCCCUGAGGUUUUUACAAGCCAUUUGAGAGUGGAAGAGGGUGGCCUAAGCCCUGUCACAGAGGGACACAUUCUCCUCUCUGAUGUGGACACGAAACAGGAGCAUCUCCUCCUCCUCCUGAAGAGACAGCCUCAGCACGGGGCGGUGGAGCUGGAUGGCAUUCCCAUGAGUGAAGGUGACAGGCUUUCCUGUGGGGACCUGCGUACCCUGGCAGUCAGGUAUCGGCAUGAUGGCUCUGAGACUCUCACUGAUGAUGUCCUCUUUGCAGCCACAGAUGGCAUCCACUUUGUAGAGUUCAUCCUGCAGGUCAAGGUGUUGCCUGUGAAUGACGAGCCACCUGUUAUGCGAACAGGCCUUGUUCCUGUGCUCCACUGCCUGGAAGGCAAAGAAGUGGUCCUCUCCUCAGAGUACAUUUAUGCCACAGAUGCAGACAGUGAUGACAUGAAACUGAUGUUUAUGCUGGCUCGCCAGCCCUACCACGGGGUAGUGAGGAAAUCUGGCAUUGCUGUGGAUCGUUUCUCCCAAGCUGAUGUCAUCUCUGGUUUAGUCACAUAUAAGCACACUGGUGGGGAAAUUGGCCUGGCUCCUUCCAUUGAGAUCUUAACCUUCGUUGUCUCUGACGAUGAGGCUGGCCUAGAUGUGAAAGACUGCUGUUAUGAUGGACCUCUUCCUCCUCCAGUUCCACUUCAUGAUUCAUUUCCAGUAUAUGACCUUAACAUCACCAUACUUCCAGUGGACAACCAGCCUCCAUCAAUUGCAACUGGUGCAAGGUUUGUGGUGGAGGAGGGCUCCUCAGCAGUCCUUACCACCAACCAUUUGUUUGCCACUGACCCUGACACCACUGCAGAUGACUUAGAGUUUGUCUUGGUUUCUCCUCCCCAGUUUGGUUACAUUGAAAAUAUACUGCCUUCUCCUGGGUUUGAGAAGAGCAACAUUGGUAUAAGCAUAGCUUCGUUUCAGCUGAAGCACCUGAAAGCCCUGAACAUAAACUAUGUACAAGCCAGGCACAUGCGAAUGGAGCCAACAGCAGAUCACUUUAUACUUUAUGUUACUGAUGGGUUGCAUCGCUCAGCAGAGACUCCAUUUUCCGUGCUGAUCAACCCAACCAAUGAUGAAGUCCCAGAAUUCAUAGCAAGGAAUAUUACCGUUCAAGAGGGGGAGAUGAAAGAGCUGGAUCUCUCUGUUAUCAACGCAGUUGAUCUGGAUGUGCCUCAAGACCGUUUGGUAUUUGGAGUUGUGCAGAGGCCCUGGUACGGGUUCCUUAUUAAUGGAGUUCACGGCAAUGAUAUUCUACACUAUAAACAGUUAAUUAACCACAACCACCACAGCCAUGGGCUGCUUGUUCAUGACUUUUCCAUGGAGCUACUGAAGAGCUGAAUGAAGCUGAUGUACAUGCAUGACAAUUCCGAAAACCUCACGGACAGCUUUAAAAUCCAGCUAUCAGAUGGGAAACAUAAAGUCCUCAGAACCAUUUCAGUAAAGGUCAUUCCAGUUAAUGAUGAGAAACCAGUGCUGAGCAAGAAGAAUGAUAUAGAGGUGAACAUGGGUGAAACUCGAAUAAUUUCUAGUGCUGUUCUGUCGGCAGAAGAUAAAGAUACCCCCAGAGAGAGAAUUUACUACUUAUUUGAAAGACUUCCAGAAAAUGGUCAGCUUCAGCUCAAGGUUAGCCAAGGCUGGAUGACUCUCCAAACUGGAAUGAAGUGCACUCAGGAAGAACUGGAUAUGAACCUUGUGAGAUAUGUCCAUACAGGAGCUAUAGGGACCAAGAACCAAGACAGCUUCACAUUUUAUCUGUGGGAUGGGUACAACAGAUCCCCAGCUGUGGACUUCUACAUAAAUAUCAAGGACAUGGAAAAGGGAGACAUUGCUGUUUUCAUAAAAUCUCUCCGAGUGCCGAAAGGGGAUCGGGGCUACAUUACAACUGAUGUUCUCCUUGCACUGGAUGGUACUGGCAAGCCAGAGGAGCUCCUUUAUGUCAUAACCUCCCCACCCCAGUAUGGACAAAUAGAGUAUGUCGGCUAUCCUGCCAUCCCCAUUACGAGCUUCAGUCAAAUGGAUGUAGCAAGACAGAUAGUCUGCUAUGUUCAGAACACAAAGGCAGUUGUUCCUGAAGAUACAUUCAGAUUCAUCAUCAGCAAUGGACUGAGGACUAAGCAUGGGACAUUCAUGAUCUCGUUGGAGGCAGUCGACCAAGUUUUGCCCACACUGGCUAGGAACACGGGGUUAAGAUUAGUGGAAGGUGCUAUGGCAGUCCUUUCUCCUGAUGUCCUGCAGCUUUCAGACCCAGACACUGCCAAAGAAAACCUUACCUUCCUCUUGGCUCAGCUCCCCCGGUAUGGUCAUCUCUAUUAUCAAGGGGCUAUGCUACUGCAGUACAAUUUCACCCAGCAAGAUGUGGACAACAGGGAUGUUGCAUACAAGCACCGAGGUGGGGAUUCCCAGAUUGACAGAUUUACAUUUGUUGCAACAGAUAGGACUAAUCAAGGCUUCAUCGUGAAUGGGAGGGUGCAGAGCGAGCCAGUGGCAUUCACCAUUCAGGUGGAUCAUUUGGACAAAAUGGCACCAAAAAUUAUUCAUCUCCAUUGCCUUUCUGAUGUGGAACUGCUGAAGAAUGGCAAUUAUGGAAUCUAUAUUACUGCCAGGUCCCUGAAGGCAUCUGACCCCAAUACAGAAGACGACAAAAUAAUUUUUAAGAUUUUACGAGGUCCUCAUUAUGGCUACCUGGAAAAUAUAACAACAGGUGGAUUUAUUCAGGAAGGGUUUAGCCAAAAGGAUUUAAACAGCAAAAUCAUACUUUAUGUCAUCAACCCAUCACGGGAAGUGAAUUCAGACAACUUGGAGUUUCAAGUCACGGAUGCCAGUGGAAACUCCGCAGUGCCCCAAAGGCUGGAGCUACGGUGGUCUCGCAUUGAAAUGCAACAGACUGAAUAUGAAGUGUGUGAGAGCGUGGGAGUGGUGUCUCUGAAAAUCACCAGGGCAGGACACUCUGCAGAUUCUGCCUUUAUCGCGGUGAAGGUCAAUGAAAUAUCUGCUCUGCUGGGAAAGGACUUUACAGUGAAUCCCUCCAAGCUUGUUCAGUUUGAUCCAGGUAUGGACCAGUGUACUGAAUAA